CUUGACUACAGGUACCGCGUUGCACCUAUGGAGUUUGAAGAGGGAGAGGUAGCCGACGUUAGUGAUUCGGAGCAGGAGUGUUCUCCUAAGGCGCGACGCGAUGAGUUGAGCAGACACGACCGUUUUAAACACUCCAGACACCACACCAAACACAAGCACGAGAAGUCUUCUCAUAAGAAAUUGGGUCUUGACAAACGUUCGUCCUCCAGAGCAAACGGCCCUGAUGUAGGAUCUACAAAGGAUCCACAGAGGCGACACAAAAAACCUACGAAAGAGCACUUAUUAGAGGAUGACGAAAUACUCCAUCCUCCAGAACGGGAUCGAGAAGAGAGGCAUCAUGAUUUUGAUCCCAGGCGUAGCCGAAAACGACGCAAAAUGGAACGGUUUACUAAACCGCCUAUGCAAGCCAAAUGUCGUUACUUCAUGGAAGGCCGUUGCAACAAGGGCGACAGCUGUCCCUUUGCACAUGAUUUCCAACCUACGAAAAAACAGGAGCUUUGCAAGUUUUACGCUGUCGGUGUUUGUUCCAAAGGUCCAACUUGUCUCUAUCUACACGAGGAAGUCCCAUGUAAAUUCUAUCAUUUCUUUGGGAAAUGCAGUCACGGCGGGUCGUGCAAAUUUUCUCAUGAACCGCUUACUCCUGAAUCUCAGGCUUUACUCAAUCGGAUAGCCGGAUCUACGGACCAACCACCUACUACUGUUGGCUGUGUACCUGAUUCUUGCCGGCCACCACGUGAUGAGCCCCCCUACUCCGGUCUUGGAGAGCACGGUGACGUCGAUUAUCGUUUUGGACAGCGACCAGCGCAUUUCAGCAACCCACCAAUAGGUCCCAAUUUUGGAUCACCACCACGACCUAUCAUUGGUCAAGGUCCGCAUCUGCGUGCUUUGUUGCCUUCUAAUCACUACGAAGCGAGAGACCUACUGGGACCCCAUCCUUCUUUCAUUAAUCGCCUUGGCGAUACAAUGGACGGUGGUUAUCGAAUGAAAGGGCCUGGUGUGUAUCCUGACUCGAACUACCCCCCGACACAGUUCCCCAACCCAGGUUCCAUGGAUGGUACCUACCCAAUCAGCCCAGUAGGAUUCGUCCCAGGUGACCAUCCUAUGCGGUUACGACCGCCACCGAUUUCGAAUUUAUCCCCUCCGGAGAUUCCGUUCCAUCCAGAUUUUCCACGUUUUAGACAGUCAUUCUGUUCACCACGUGUUCCACUGUCUGUCUCCAUGCCUCUCAAUCCAGCCAUUCGUUUAAACAAUGAAGCUCUGGUUAGCUCUGAGCUAGACAAAAUGGCAGCACUACUAGCAGCAAGCAAACCUCCACCGGCUACCAGCACACUUACUUCAUCCCCGUUAGAUCCCCGAGUUCAGUCACCGGGGCACGCAGCAAGGGUCGAAGUACCACAAUCUCCUGUGCCCCUUGACAAUCAGAUCACCAUUCCGGAGGCUCUCGAUAUUCCACUCAGAAGGGCGUCUUUAACACUUAACUCACCAGAAUUGAACGUGGUUCCACCCGGACCCUCUUUACCGACAUCGCCAACUGCAGCACAAUGGCGUCUAAUUCCGUUAAAUAUGAACGUGAAAAUUCCCUAUCCACUGAUGCAGCUUCCUAUUGAUGAACUCCCACAUCGGUAUGAAGACCCUAGACUGCGUGGUCAACUCACGACCCUCAGACCACCGCCGAAACCAACCACUCCUGUCGGUUGUGCAAACGACGUUGGACUAAGCACUGUAGGGUCGAAAAAUUGUAGCACUGAGGAUUCCCAACCUCCGGAAGAAAUGGAUGAAUCAAAUAUUUUCACUCCAAGACGUCCUGUGAAGCUCCAGUUGAAUGAAAUGGCCAGUACUUUUGUCAACUACCACCCUGCAACUGUUGCGAAUACCUCGACCAAAACAAAUGAUCGAUCAUACCUCGACGAUCCUCGGUUCCGGAGACGGCGUAUCGUGACGGCAGGCACUUGCUCACAGGUUCCGUCAACAGAGGGUAGUGAUUUAACCACAGCUGGGUCGGUAGACCAAGCAGCCCUGUAAAUUUUUUAGGAUAGGUUAACCAUGUCGGAGCCAUACCGAAAACUAGACAUGUUGGUUGACGAUCUGUGGCACCACUUUGCGUAAGGGUGUCCAGGUUACUGCAUGAGAUGGUUAGAGAUAAUCUAUAAUCCUUACACAACUCCGAUCUCCCUUUGUACAUAAGAAGUAAACUCCAGUGGUGAGCAAUCGAGGUUUAAUUUUUUGAGACGGGACAAUUGUGAAAGUGUGCAACUGUGGUACAAAAUGAUUAUGCAUCAAAACUUCCAUACUGCUUGUUCCAUUUCAGGUAAUGUUGAAGGUCCCCGGACGACACACUAGCUCUAACAUGAUUGAGGGCUGAUUCGAAGUCGGCCAGAACGACCGGGCGAACCUAAACAAAAAAGAAACAAUCUAUCGCUUGACAUAGUGAUGCGUACAGACUUGCUUGUUUCCAACCAAAUGAGAGUCGACUGAAAUGAUACCAGUUCUCA